CCGAGGAAAUGAAAAUAGUCGACCUGAGAAGGACCCAAAAUGUUCGAGGCGAGAGGAAUCCCCUUCGUGCUGCUCGACAUAACAUGUCUCAUCCUGGGGAGGCGAACUUUAAGAACUUCACCCUCCUGCAGCUGGACGAGGAGUUUUCUCGCGGACGGGGCCUAGACGUCGGGGCUCGAGCCUGGAAAGGAGGAAACGUUCUGCUCUUCUUCUGCGACGUCGACAUCUACUUCACCGCCGACUUCCUGAACUCCUGCAGACUCAACACGCAGCCUGGUAAAAAGGUUUUCUACCCGGUGUUAUUCAGCCAGUACAACCCAACUCUGAUCUACGGAGGCCCUGAACACAUCCCUCCUGUGGAGCAGCAGCUGGCGAUAAAGAAAGACACCGGCUUCUGGAGGGAUUUUGGAUUCGGGAUGACUUGCCAGUUCAGAUCCGACUUCAUCAACAUCGGCGGUUUUGACAUCGACAUCAAAGGCUGGGGGGGUGAAGACGUGCACCUGUACAGGAAGUACCUGCACAGUAACCUUCUGGUGGUUCGAGCCCCGUCCCGAGGGCUUUUCCACUUGUGGCACGAGAAACACUGCGCCGACGAACUGCCGCCGGAUCAAUAUCGCAUGUGCAUGCAGUCCAAAGCCAUGAACGAGGCGUCGCACGGCCAAUUGGGGAUGCUCUUCUUCAGGCAGGAGAUCGAAGCGCACCUCCGUAAACAGAAAAAAUUCCAAAAAGACAUGAGGAUGGAGAAAAUGGCUGGAUUAUUGAUCACCGAAAUGACUGCAAAACGUUGAAAUAACGCAGAUGAAUUCAACUGAUCUGAACGGUAUCAGGUUUUUAAAAGGAAUGGUUAAUUGACAUAUUGGAAAAUAUAGCUUCUUGCUGAGAGUUAGCUAAUAAGAUAACUCUCUUGUGUCUGAAGGCUACAUAUUGAGCUACAGCUAGCAUGCAAUUAGCUUAGCAUAAAGACUUUCACAUCUCUAAUCCGAAAACAAAAAGGGUAAAAAUGGCAAAUAGUUGUUGGACAAUUUCUGAGAAUGAGAUAAGGUUCACUCUUAUGUCUGUAUGCUAAAAAGAGAGCCAUAGUUAGCAGGUCAUUAGCUUAGCAUAAAUAAUGUUACAUCUCUCUGUAAGAUAAGAUUCACUCUAAUGUCCAAACUCUACACAUUGAGCUAGAGUUAGCUUAGCAUAAAGACAACGGGAACCAGCUAGCUUGCAAAAAGCUACACACACAAAUUGAAGUGUAGAAAUAACACUUUCUUAUUUUUCUGUGGUUGUUUGCUGGGUACCUAUAGUUAUUGUUAGACCUAUUGCUAGCAGGUUAUUAGCAUAGCUUAGCAAAAAAGACUGGAAGUCAAAUUUCAAAUCAAAAUGUUUGUAUUCUUUUCUGUAGUUGUGUGCUGGAAGAUCUCCGAGAGAAAGAUUGACACUAUACUAAUUUCUGGAUGCUAAAUAUAGACCUAGAGUUAGCAGGUAAUUAGCUUAGCUUAGCAUAAAGGCGGGAAACAUGCGGUCAGUGCUAGGUAAAAGCGAAGUGUAAAUAUCACACAUUUUGAGAGUGGGAUAGGAUUAACACUAGUAUGAUGUCUGUACGCUAAAUCUAGAGCUAGAGCGAGCUAGUAUUUAGCUUAGCUUAGCAUAAAGACUAAAAACAGGGAAAUAGCUAGCCUGAAAAAGCUGCAUACAUUUCACAUCCGAAGUAAAAAAUAUGGGGUUUUGUGCUUGGGAAUGUUUUGCUGUUAAUAGUCCGCAAUAGAAAAAUAUAUUUAGUUUUCUUUGUGGAAAACACAGUUAGUUGUUUCCCCUCUGAUUCCAGUCUUUAUGCUAAGCUAAGCUAACUAAUUCUCGUUUUAGCUUCAUAUCUAGGUCAUCUAACUCUCCACAAGAAAGCAAAUCUUUCCCAAAAUGUCAAACGAUUCCUUUAUCGUAAAAUGUGAAGACUUUCUUUUUACUUUUCAAAGACUCGGAGCACUUGAAAGGACAACAAAAACAUUCAGAUGAAUAAAAAAAAAGACUUGAGGAAUUCGUCGACGCAACUGGAGUCGGACAUUGUUAAUUUCCUGUCUGAAAACCUCUGUAAUUUAAUGUUUGAUUUCCUCUGUGGCUCCAACACAUGUACAUGCUGUUUUCUGUCUGACUCUGAACUAUGUGCCUUGUGUGAAAGAAACCUGCAUUUUUUUACUUGUAGGGAAACAGUGCCACCUAGUGGACUGAAAAUGAGCAACACGUCUGCAUUCAAAACAAUGAAGGACUUGCCUUUAAUGGCUUUGUAAAACAUAUUUUUAUAAAUUAUUCAUUCCUUUUUAUUUAUGUUUGUUCUUAUUUGUAAAUGCCACCAUGUAUUAGGAGUAUUAUUGGAUGCAGGCAGUAUUCUGUGUGGGUCUAAAAACAUGCAUUUGUCAGUAAAAUCAACAUUUCUCUCAAUAAGCCUUUGAAAUAUCACACGUAUGUUUUAAAGCCCAAUAAAUAUGUAAAAUAGGUUUAUUUUUAAAAGGUUUAAUUAAAAAAAAAGUGAUUUUUUGCUUUUUGUCACAUUUUCUGGAUGCAUAAUGGAUAUAUUAAGGUAAAGGGUUAUUGACUGGCAGGGUAACGACGCUGACGAUGGCUUAAAAAGUCAGAAUUGAUCUUUUGUCAAUUAAACGUGUUUUGCAGUCGCAGAAACUGGAGAUGUUUUAAAAAUAUAUCUGCCUCUUUUGUUCAUUUGAAUGACUUUGAAAUGUAAUUUUCGAGUUGAAUAAAAACACAUUUGUGCAU